UCAACAAUUUGCCUGUAGAUUUAAAAUCUGUAAUCAAAUCCCAAAGCUAAGUAGGUCAAUGUAUAUUUCUCAGACUUUUAUCAUAAUACUUAAAGUGAAAACCUAAAAAAGAAUAUAUUAUAUUCCAAUUCCACAAUGAUUGCUGCUGUAAAACUCUUUUGGAUCGUUCUAGUCUCUGUGGUUCUCUGUGCCCAGGGACAACCGAUGUAUGAUGGUACUAAAAAGCCCUAUCCCUAUGCCAGUUCAUGGAAAAAUGAAAAUAAUCAUUUUAAGGAUGCAAAAGCAGAUCUACACUCAAAAGGGGAACUAAUAAAAACACACAAAAGAUCACAAGGAACGGACACUGGUGCUAAUCUAAUGGAUACCUAUUCUCAAGCUUCCAAUAUAGGCCUACCCGCUGUAGAUCAAAAUAUGCUUAACUCUGGCCAAAUGGAGCUGAAUCCAAGCAUUGCUCAAGGUGCCUCUCUUCCAAUCACUUACUCCCAUCAGGCACCUUUGUAUCAGGAAGUAAACACUCCCACAGAAAGAAUCUCCGACACAGUGCCCAAUGCCUAUGCCGAACAAGAUGAGACUGAACAGCGGCGUCAGGAUCUGCGGAAUCUUGUCCAGCACUUGUAUGUGGCCCAGGCGCGGGUUCAGCUGGAGGCUACCGAAAUAAGAAAGGCACAGGCGGUGGCCUCAUCGGCCCAGGCCCAGUUGGAGGAGUCGGCCAACCAAGUGCGCAGCGUCACUGCCUCGCUGCAUACUGCCCAGCAGGAGGUGGCUGCCUCGGCCAUUCGGGCACAGAUUGCCCAGCUCCAGCUGGCGGCACACGAUCAAUUGCUUUUUGCCGCUCGCCAGGAUGUGGAUGCUCUAUCCUCACAAAUGGUGGGACUGCAAGCAGCCGAGGGUAUUGUCCAGCCUAAGCUUACCGUAGAUUUGCAUGCGCUGCUGGAUAAGCUGAAGCAGCCGCUCCAGCAGAAUGAUCAUCCCACGCCCGUGCCGGCCAUUGUAGAGAGUAUUCCGGGAAUGGCCUCGCAUCAGCAGCAGCAGAAUCAACAGUGGCAGACACAGGGUCAGGGACAGUUUCCAGGACAGAAUCGGCUGCCGGAUACUUCAUGGAAUGUAGCCAGUGGCAUUGUCCCCAAAGGAAAGCGCUUUUCCAACUUGGAAAACUAUCAGAAAUAGAGGUUUCCUAAGAGCCUAAUUAUUAUUAUUCCGUUUUUGAAGCUUUAGUUUUUAUAUAACCCCUUUGUUUCCUAUCAUUAACUUAUCAAUCUAUAUUUUUUAAAUAUUAUUCA